UGUAGAUGACAUGGGGCAAUGAGAGAAGAGGAAUUUUAAGAGCCUGUGCCAACAGUGGGACAUGAUCUGCGCAGAGACCGACACAUUGGCACAACCCAUACGAAAAGAUUCAGACAUGCCCAGUACAGGAGAGGGGACAGACAUCACUGUUUUGUGGGCAGCAGACCUGUACAGGCUCCAGCCCUGUGUGUCACAGCUACAGAUGCCUGCGCUGCAUGCCCAGACGCCCCGGCCCCCCUCACCAUCGCUCCAGCCCUGUGUGUCACAACUCCACACCCCUGCGCUGCUGGCCCAGACGCCCCGGCCCCCCUCGCCAUCGCUCCAGCCCUGUGUGUCACAGCUCCACACCCCUGCGCUGCUGGCCCAGACGCCCCGGCCCCCCUCGUCAUCGCUCCAGCCCUGUGUGUCACAGCUCCACACCCCUGCGCUGCUGGCCCAGCCUCCUCUGGCCCCCUCGCCAUCACUCCAGCCCUGUGUGUCACAGCUCCAGACACCUGCGCAACCGGCCCAGCCUCCUCUACCCCUCUCGCCAUCGCUCCAGCCCUGUGUGUCACAGCUCAAGACCCCUGCGCUGCUGGCCCAGACGCCCCGGCCCCCUUCGCCAUCGCUCCAGUCCUGUCUGUCACAGCUCAAGACCCCUGCGCUGCUGGCCCAGACGCCCCGGCCCCCCUCGCCAUCGCUCCAGCCUUGUGUGUCACAGCUCAAGACCCCUGCGCUGCUGGCCCAGACGCCCCGGCCCCCCUCGCCAUCGCUCCAGCCCUGUGUGUCACAGCUCCAGACGCCUGCGCUGCUGGCCCAGCCUCCUCUGGCCCCCUCGCCAUCACUCCAGCCCUGUGUGUAACAGCUCGAGACGCCUGCGCUGCUGGCCCAGCCUCCUCUGCCCCACGCGCCAGACGCCUGCACCAUGGCCUCCUCCUGCCCUCAGCUCUACCAGCUCCUGGUCCGUCUCAAGUCCAGCCAUCACAGCUGGUAAGCAUACUCAUUUAAAAACAAAUGACCUAUUCUACUCAUUCUACAAGUGACCUAUACUCAUUAUUGCACAUAAAGGUAUAUCCCCAUAAUGUAUGCCGUACCAUCUGAGUAAUAGUCUGUAAAAGUCAUUGAAAGGUUAAUUACCAUUGUAAUACUAUGACAUAACACACAGCCUUUAGUACUGUGCUCUGUACUGUAUUGUGUGGCUCUGUCAUUGCCAUUCUGGUAACAACAAAUUUAUAACGCUGUGUUUCAAUGGGUUAACUAACUUUAAAUAACCUACAUGACAUAUGAAUAGGGUUAUCCGCUUUAUAAUUUUUGUUUAAUAUUGUCAUUAACUAUUUUGUUUUAGGUAGGCUGUCGGUGAACACGGGAUGCCAAGCAUGGACAAGUUGGACAACCUGGCUGAAUAAAUUGUGGAGCUGCACCAUGAAGCCUCCCUGACCCACCCCCUGCAUUUUCAAUACCACUUGUUCUCCCACUCCACCCAAACUGCUCCUCUUGUCUUUUCUCGGCUUACUUUUCCUCUCUGUACAUUCCCCAGACAACAACCAUGGGUACAGUUUUCAUACCUGCCAGACCUAGUGCCACCACUUCAGCCCCCCUGGACCAUAGAAGCACCUCUCAAAGGCUAGAUUUAAUAAAAAGGACUGUAGA